GAAAAGAAAUAAACGCAGUUGAUAGCAAGUCCGAACAAGCUUCGCCGAACAAACAACACCAGCAUGUCGGAUAUUUUUGGCAAUUUGGAUAAUUUUCUAGAGAACUACGAUGAGGAUGACGUAGCAUCAACAAGCGCGCUAAACGAUUCACAAGACUGCAUUGCAAACGAUUCCUUCGACAGCAGCAGAAGCGAAGGGGCACGAAAAACGCUCGCCGCGAAGAACAAAGCAACAGGAAAGAGGAAAAGUAAUGCUGGUGGCAAAAGAACUCAAAGCAGCGAAAGCACAUCAUUAACCUCCGCAGAUAGUACCGUAGAUGUGGGCCAUACUCUGGACACGUUAGCUUCAACUCCUGAACUGCUUCCGCCCGUCGUCGAUUUGACGCCGACUGUCGCAGGCGUCGGAGACGAAAUUAGACAGCUUUCCCGUUUGUUCGAUUCCAUAUUUUGUUCGCAAAAUCCAAUCGUGAAGGAAUUUCUGAAGAAUAGGAAUGCUACUGCCGCUAAGCGAGCCUACACUACAGUGUGCAACAGUUAUCAUCGGAAACCACCUGUAACAGCGAACGACAUGAAAAAGAUAAUGGGUAAAAUCGAUGCUUCGAAACGUAGCCUGCAACAGCUAGAGCAGGAAAUACAAACCCUCCUUUCGCCCGUAUCAACAAACCCCUUUCCGCCACCCCGCUCCCGCCGAUCAAGAGGACCUACUGCACAGGCAAAUCGAGCGCCAGUAUUAGCUGUGAUAUCAUUGGACUGUGAUGAUGACCCGACGCCAUCACAGCCAAUUUUCCAAUCACAAUACCGGCGUGUGACUAGAAGAAGUGGAGCAAGCGAGGCUGGCACUCAAUCUAAUACGAUAAGCUUAGACUCCGAUGACGAGGGUAGUGGUGGAGCAGUAGAGCUGGAACCUUCAUUUAGCGCCGCAAACAGUUCGUUCGAAACGGAAAACUACGAAAUGCGCAUCAAAAUCAAGUGGGGCCGGGGCAUCGAAACGUUCGUCCAUCGGCGGUAUCAAAAGUUUGAGGACAUUUUUAACCAGCUGGCGGCCAAAGAGUCUGCCGAUCGGGCGUGCAUUUUUCUCAACCUGGACGAUCGCAUAGUCUAUGCGAGCGAUACGCCCGAUUCCAUCGACUACAAACCGCACCAGUUCAUUGCUGGGCGCGUUCUAAAAACCAAAGCGCCAAUCCUUCCGACCGCUCACGGGCCGUCGACUGGCCACAAUAGCAACAUGAUCGCGCUGAAGGUACAGAUGGAGAAACGGAAACAACCGCUACGGCUGCAGAUUGACAAGAAUCAAACCAUGUCCGUGCUGGUGAUUAAAUGCGCCGAAGAGCUCAAGUGUGAACCGAAGGACAUUCGGCUGUACUUUGACGGCGAGCUGGUUGGCAAUAAUGAUAAGCCAGAGGAUCUCGAUCUGGAAGGGGACGAGAUACUGGACAUUCGUUUUGUGAAGUAACCGGAUGGAAUGCGCAGAGAGCUGUGUUGUGUCUCUGUUUUUUUAUAUUAUUAUCUUGCAUUACUAGCUCCAAAUAUAUAAAGUUGUUCAAC